GCAUUCGUCAGAUUUCGUUCAAGAUUUUUUAUCAUAAUAUAUGUAUUCCCCAUAAUUUUGUUUAAAUCUAUAACUAACGAUAAUUUAAAAAAAGAAAAUAUCCACAUUGCAUAAUAUGAAUCAAACUCAUUCCAGAAUUCGAGUUUCUUAUACUGAAAACUUGUCACCUUCAAUUAUUACUACUUAUCCUGAUCAAGAUAAUAACGAUCCUACUUUAUCGCCACAUGAACAAGCAUCUACCUCCUACGCUGCAAAAGCACUUUAUAUGACUUUUACGCCUCAGGAUCAAUAUGAUAAUAUAAAUUAUAAUAUGCAAUCACAAACUGCACCCCCUCAACAAAUACCUCCUGUUCAUCCUAAAGUCUUUUUUUACCGACCACCAAAUGACUUUUUGCAUUAUUAUGUUGACUGUAAAGAAAUUUGUUACGAUACCGUUACAUAUUUAUUAAAUAAAUCAUUACAAGAACGUAACACUCAAUCCAAUGAAAAUGAAUGUAUUUUCUACUAUAAGCAACAAUACGACGCCAGGUUUUAUCAGGUAUCAUGUGAAAUCGUUUCUCCCCUUUUAAUAAAUAAUUGUUUGAAUAAAAAUUUUCUUGGAAUUGAGCUUCAAAAUGCGGAACAAGAGCAUUUGACAUUUACUUUUGAUCAAAAAGAAAAUCUUAAAUGUUGUUUAAGACAAUAUUUAGGUCAAUACUUAUUAAAUUAA